UAAUUGUUUACCAGUGUUAUCUCUGAAAAAAAUACGUAUAGGUAUUUGGUAAUGGAUUAUGAUGUAGAUCCUAUACCUAUUGGGUUUGGGUAUUACUAUGGCAGUACAACAAUAAUUUAAAUUUUUGUGUGUUUUUUACUACAACUUUAAUUGUGAUCGUGUUAGUGGUAUUAAGUGUUUAAAAACGCAACUGAAAUAGUUGUAAGACUGUAAUGUGAACAAUGACAAUAGGACGGGCAUCCAAAUUUUUCAAAUUUACAAUCAUCGCAUUCGUAGCUCUGAUAUUUUUACUGGUUGCAACCAGAAACAACAUAUCACAAGACGAUGGAUCGAACGAUGAUAUCUUUGAUCAAGUUGCACAAGAAAAGAAAAUCGACAAAGAAGGCACAAAUAAUAAUAUUGCAGCACUAUCAGUAACUGAUGCACCUCUAAAAGAGGAAGUUACCGAAAAAACUGAACCCCCAUCAGUGAAAAACGAUGAACUGGAAUUAGCUGAUUAUGAAAAAAUGCCUGGAGCAUUCCUGAAAUCCAACCUUCCAGCUCCAAUAAACCAAACCUAUUGUAACUUCAACUAUAAAUUGCCCUUCGAAUUGAACUAUUCUAACAAAGAUUUGGCAUUUCCACCCCAAGAAGGUGAAGAAUCCCAAUACCGGGUACUCUAUAAUAUAACUGAAGCUUAUUGGGUGAAAAAAGUACCGCAAGUUACUUAUUGUACUCACAUGACGGCCAAUUUUGCCAAUUUUAUACCGGAAUUACUCAGGAGGUGGGAUGGGCUGGUAACUGUGGCGGCGUAUGUUCCAGAUAUAGACGUGGCGUUUUUCCUGGAACAAAUCAAUCAGUUUUGCUACUGCGAACCGGAAAUGCACAGAGUUUCCAUUCAUAUUGUAACUCACAAAUUAAUACCUUUUUCGAUGCAAAAUAUCACUUUUAAAAGGCCCGGUACUUGUGCUCCAUUGGAUUCAGCAAAAAUUCCUAUUUACAAAGAUUACGACGAAAGUUCAGCUUAUCAAGUAAACAUAAUGAGAAACACUGCAAGAACGUCAGCACUGACCAAAUACGUCCUCGUAUCCGACAUAGAAUUGAUGCCUAGCAAAAACUUGUCGAAGCAAUUCCUAGAAUUUGUAGCCAAGUAUCCGAAACCAGACCCGAAAAAAGUCUUCGUUGUUCCGAUUUUCGAAGUGGAAAAAGAUUAUCCAAUUCCGGAUAAUAAGGAAGAAUUGCUGAAGCUGCUGGCUGAUCAAAGAGCGGUUUAUUUUCACGGAUUGGUUUGUGCUCAUUGUCAAAGAUUUCCUGGCAUUGAAAAAUGGCUGGAGACUGGAUAUUCUCCUCAAAUAAAGGGUUUACUUGAAGUCAAAAGGCACGAUCCUUACCAUAGAUGGGAACCACUUUUUAUUGGUACCAAUGCAGAACCGCUUUAUUCUGAACGAUUAUCUUGGGAAGGUUUACAAGAUAAAAUGACCCAAUCUUUAGAAAUGUGCCUACAAAAUUACACCUACGUGAUCCUAGAUAACGCGUUUCUUUGCCAUUGGCCAGGCAUAAAGAGGGAGGUAUACAAAAAUCGUUUUCCGGCUCUUGUCGAGGUAAAUCAGAAAUUCUUCAAAGAAAUAGUUGCCGAUUUUUUGAGGCACUAUCCUAAUAUCAAGGAAUGUAAUGCCGACUUCGAAUAUAAUUUUGAAAAUCCACCUAGAGGGAAGAAGAAAUCCUAGUAAGAAUCAAUCAUCACAGGUAGCAAUUAUAGGAGAAAUGAAUAUUUAUUUUUAAAUGUAAAUAUAAAUUUAUUUUCAUAUAUAAAUUUGUAUAAAACUGAA